UACCGUCGUCGCGAAACAGCGGGACACCUGUGCGAUCCCGCUUCGGGUUUCCGCGUGUUGAUCGUCGCGAAACGGUGCUCCGGAGUGACGAUCCGCUCAAUCGGCUGUCAGUGUUGAAUGGUAAUCGGCCUUCUCAGCGGGGAUCAAGCGGGCUCAGACGGCAGCAGGUGCAUCCGAGGGAUCGGGUCCUAAUUGAAGAAAAAAAAAAAAAAAACGACGAUGUCGUCCGUCACGACGACGCGACAGCGACGAUAAGCGGCGAGGCGGUAUCAGGAUUCUGCAUGCGAGUGCCCAGGGCGGAAGUAUUCGGGCUCCUCGGUGGGGCGCUGACCUCACGCGACAUCAUCAGGAAGGACUCGUCUUGCCCUACGACGACGCACGCAGGGCAACUGCAUUCGCCGAACGGCGACAGCGACAACAGCAACGGUAGCCAGCGUGCGGUCGCUGUUACUCGCAACGAGGUAGAGCAACAGCAACAACCGCAUCGCCAACGGCAGCAGCAGCAGCAGCAGCAGCAACGUCAGGCGACCGCUACCGUUCCGGUUCUCGCCUGUACUAAUCAAUCGUCUAUCACCACGACCACGACCGCCUUUACGGUGGCAUCAAGCAUGCUUCUUUUGCAGACGCAGAGCCCAUUCGGAUGUGGUAGUUUCGCGGAUCUGCUGAGUGCUCCGUACACGGAUCCUACGGAUGCCGGAAGUUUGCCGGAGGAGCUGGAUCCCUUUCCAGAACUGCAGCUUGGAAAUCCGCAAGGCGUGCCUUCGGUCGACGAGUCUGCUCAGUCUCAAAGUGUACACCAUCAGCAGCCAUCGCAACCGCCACCACCACCCCCACCCCUUCCCGAGGACAUCCAAGCCGAUUCCCUCAGUCCUACACCCUUGCCGAGCUUCCAGGAGACCUACACGGUGCAGCGAUACACCAGACAGGAGCUCCAGGGCCUCGGCAUCAAGAUGGACGAUGAUUGUUACGACAGCCCGGUAUAUUCCUGCACCCCCAGUCACUAUCCGACCGAAUUCUCAGUGUCCUACCACGAGCACCAGCAGCAGCAGCAGCCACAGCAGCAGCACCCCCACCACCACCCGCAGCACCAUCCGCAGCAGCAAGCCCCGCCGCAUCAUCAUCAAGGUUAUUUCUCCACGGAAUCGGCGCCCACUCCGGCAACGGCGGUCGCGCCGAACCAUCGACAGGAUCCAUCCUACGGUGUGGCGGUCACCGUGCCACACAUGGUCUACGGGGCACCGUCGGCCAUCGCCAGCGUCGCCGCUCCCGUAGUUCCUACCGAUCUCUGUCCCAAUGUUGAUACCAGCAUCGUCAUCGGCUCCACUCGGUCGCGAAGGGCGUCGUUGCCUACCCAGAGAUCAGAGUCGGCAAGAUCAAUGCGCGUCCUGUGUCGUGUUAACAGUAGUGGGAGCACGGAGUCUCCGAAGCCGCGUGGCGGUGGCACCGCGAGUUCCACUGUCAGUUCGCCGUCGCCCGGAAGCGGCACCAGUGGCGAACGCGCACCGCCGAGUCCGAGCCAGCUUUGCGCCGUGUGCGGCGACACCGCGGCCUGCCAGCACUACGGUGUGCGCACCUGCGAGGGCUGCAAAGGCUUCUUCAAGAGGACCGUGCAGAAGGGCUCCAAGUACGUAUGCUUGGCCGAGAAGGCUUGCCCGGUGGACAAGCGCCGGCGAAACCGCUGUCAGUUCUGCCGGUUCCAGAAGUGCCUCAUGGUCGGCAUGGUCAAGGAGGUUGUUAGGACAGAUUCUCUGAAAGGCCGGCGAGGCAGAUUGCCUUCAAAGCCCAAGUCACCGCAAGAAUCCCCACCAAGCCCACCGGUCUCACUGAUCACCGCUUUGGUUCGCGCCCAUUUGGACACGACACCUGAUAAGGCGAGCCUGGAUUACUCGCAGUAUCGACAACCGAGACCAGGCGAUCCUCCUAUGACGGAGGCCGAGAAGAUUCAACAGUUCUACAAUCUGUUGACGACCUCGAUCGACGUUAUUCGAAACUUCGCCGACAAAAUCCCCGGUUUUACGGAUCUAGUGAAGGAAGAUCAGGAACUGCUCUUCCAAUCGGCCAGCCUGGAACUGUUCGUGCUCAGGCUAGCAUACCGCACGACACCGGACGACACGAAGCUGGUGUUCUGCAACGGCGUUGUCCUCGCGCUGGAGCAGUGUCAGCGCAGUUUCGGCGACUGGCUGCACAGCAUACUCGAUUUCUGCAAAGCCCUUCACUACUUGGAGGUCGACAUUAGUGCGUUCGCCUGUCUAUGCGCCCUCACCCUCGUCACUGAGAGGUACGGCUUGAAGGAGCCGCAGCGCAUGGAAGCGUUGCAGAUGAAGAUAGUCUCGUCUCUGCGCGAUCAUGUGACCUAUAACGCCGAGGCGCAGAGGAAGUCGCAGUACCUGUCCUAUCUACUGGGGAAGAUACCGGAGCUGAGGAGUCUCUCGGUCCAAGGCCUCCAGCGAAUCUUCUACUUGAAGCUGGAGGACCUGGUGCCGGCGCCACCCCUGAUCGAAACGAUGUUCGUCGGUAGCCUGCCCUUCUAAGCCGAGCCGAGCAGCCUAGGGCUCGCCCAGCACAUAGAACAAUUACUUUCUCAGAACCCGUGCGGUUGCGUUAUCUUCUUUCUGAUUGCAUCCUUCUUAGUUCGUAUUACACGUACGGUAGCUUUACUCUCUUCUCGAGUGUAAAACUCGCGCGGAUUACUGGCGUCCUCAACGACGCCCCGAUGGGGGCUUGUCGAGCGGGAAGAGAUCGGGAAAGCAGCGCGGAGAUUGUCCGCGCGGAUGAGACACGAAACGCUAACCAUAAGGGAGAGUUUGUUGUACGCCUGUUACGAGCGUGUGAACGAAUGCGCGUGUGACUGAGCGAGCGGAUGUAUGCGUAUUACGUGCGAAUGCGAAAAUGUACAGAACGCCUGGACGCAGGUCUCUGCAUGCACACGGGGUGUCUCGAGUGGCGGGUAUCAGACAUCGCCCGCCGGUUUACUAUUACUAGCAGAUGCACUGCUACUGUCGCUGCCGCGUAUUUGGCGAGCACAAGCAGAGGGCGAGCGCGAGUGGGAAGCAUCGUACGCGAGGCGGACUGCGGCGAUUUUGUUAUUCUCCCUUUUUAGCUGCAGCAGAUUUCGUGCGGACUCGGUUGAACAAGAGGGGUUCCUCCCUCUCGCGGGAGGACGCGAAUUUUUCUCACUUUUCUACCUAGUUUGUACGAGGCUCUUCGUGUUCGCCUACAGUCCGCCUCGUCUACCCCGCCACUCCUCGGACAAAUGUGUAAUAUCUUCGGCAAUACCUUUGCCCGUCGCGGGGAAACGCAUCGGCGAUUCGCAAC